GCCUACAUUGUGCAUCUGCCUCCUCCUUUCACAUCUUUGUGGUCAAACCUAUCCUCACUGGUGGGUGCUCUCUGGCUGUGUCUCAGUCUACAGGUCUAUAUACGUACGUCUCUCUGCAUACACCUCCGUGGGCAACGAGAAUUCCCUCGACGUAUCCGGAUAUUCCCCAGCCUCGUGACAUCGCGUUUCCCCGUCCUUUCGCGUCUGUCACCUCUUUCCCCUCUUUUUCUCACUGCUUGAAUCCAUCCUUUUUGGGAUGUACAUAUGCGCUGCUCCCCCUUUUCUCCACUCUGUUGACGUAUCGUUGGCACUCGAGCCAGGUCCCUCUUUGCUUCAAGUAAUUCAUUUGCGUCUCUCGUUGGCUUGUCAGUCGAAAGUUGCGAAAUGUCGUCCAUGCUUACUUGCAUAUGAGAGAUGUGAGUCUACAUAUGCGUUCGGCAAUUCGUGGAUCUGAGCCUUUCUCGGCUGCCGCGUGUGCUCACAAGCACCAGAAAGUUAGGUGAACGACUAAUGCGUCGGAACAAGGGUUGCAAUGGCGAAACGGGGAAGAAGACACGACAGAAAAACCGUUAAAAGUGACAGAGUGUAGACCCACAUUUGUUGUCGCGUGAGUCGUCGCAGGAAAAGCCCCGUCCUUCGAGUGCUCUCAGAGAGGCACUUUCUACGCCUGUGCCGCGGGGGAUGAAGAGGCGCGCUGUCGAGCCGUGGUGACUUUCGCGGGAUUCCUUUGCUCUUCUUUUCUCUUGCUCGUCUGCAGUUCUUCAUCUUUUCCGUUUUUUGGCGGCUGGCCUCUUGCCGCCCUUCCACUUUUUCUGCUCAGGCCUAUCGCUGCUUGAGAUCACCACUCCUUUAUUCACCUCCUGUGUCUUCAUGUCCGUGCUCCUUUCCUUGAGUAGCUCGCUGAUCUUUGCCGUCUCAACACCUUUCAUCCUCUCUUUCUCCUUUGUUUAAGUUUUGGGGUUUGUGGUGUUCCUUUUAGUGCGUUUUUCCAGCACCCUUAUCCGCGUCUCGUUCGAGACCCUCCCUGCGUACGCGUUCCGCUCUGCGCGGCUUUGCUGCGCGGGUGCUUCCCCAGUUCUUUCUUCUCUUUGCCUUCUUCUUUCUCUUCUUUUUCGGAUUUACUUCGAUGGAGGGAUGGAGAACGAGCCUUCUGCCGCCGCGCCCAAUCCGUGGGCUUCUCCAGGCCCUGUAAACUCGUCAUCCCGCGGACGCGCCAGAGUUAUCAACGGCCAAAUUGUCUAUGGAGAUGAGGCCGGAAGACCCGGCUCUCAGAGUGAUGCUCGGAGUUCGAGACAAGCAGUGAGGCCAGGCCUCUUUGUUCGACUCUGUGCUUUCCUUUUUGCUCUCGUCGACUUUAUUCGCCUGUUCUUCCAGACGAUCUUUUCGCCCAAUUACCCAAAUCAAGGUCGCCGCAACAGGCAAAUGGGCGGCGUCGCGUCGCUGACUCCGGGUGGCGGGCGCCCCGACGGCGGGGGAGGUUCUGGCUCGCGUCCGCGCUUCAGCAAUUUUGUGUGCGGUGGAGGCGGCUGAGGAUAAUCGGCUGGUGGUUUCAAGAAAGGAAACAGAGUUUCGCACUUCGUUCCUGCCUGGUCGACUCUGCGUCGCGCCUGAAACAUACUGGAAAAGGCGCGCUUCAGAGAACGCGAGAAGGCAGAGCGAGAAACUCUAGCUUCUUUCUUCAGAGACACACCAGCGAGGUCUACAGCCUGUCCUGAUCUGUCGGCGCUGACCUGGAGAGAGUCUCUCUCUCCAGGACGAGAGGGGAACCGCUCUGGACUCCGCAAAGGGAACAAGAGGAGGGAGAGGGCCAUGGCAAAAGAAAAGGAGACAAGCAGGAAAGACAGAACCACACAGGGUCACGAGCAGACAAAGAAGACGAGAGAGAAGGGGAAGAAGGAAAAGUGAGGGAAGAAGAGAGAGAAGAUGAGCAGAGCGGAGAGGAGGGAAACGAGAGAAGGACGGAGACGUAACAGAGAGAAAGGAGAAGGAAGGAGGGCACCGACAGACGAAACGAGGAUUUGCAGCGCGUGUGACAUCUGUGGUGUGAACAGCCUCUGAGCUGGAGCCUCAGAUCGACAAGCGCCCUGGUGGGGAGGAGAAAAAAGAGAGAAGAGAUAUGGUGGUGAGAGAAGAAGAUGGAGAGGAAGCAUAACUUGCAGUCGAGAGAAGGGGACAUGAGAGAAACUGGGUGGAGGAAAGACGAAAGCAAGAUUAGAAGAGAACAGAUCACGCGCUUGAGAGAAGAGAUGAACUGCUGCAUGCGAUCGUUUCCCCGACUGUCUAGACAGUACUGCGUUUGUGUUUUUUGAAGUUGUUUGGAAGUUCGCAUGAACUUGGAAGUCAAAUGGACGACGCAGAGACUCUGGGGAUAACACAAUGCACCUCUACCAGUCAGCUCUCCCUCGCUCUCUCCUCCGUACUCGUCACAGCGACUCUCCCGCGAAGUGAGAAAUCAACGCAGGAGACGCCUCUCUACUUUUCCGCUUGGCUCGGAACCUCUCCAGCUCGAAACGCCGAAGACGCUCGCCCCACCAAUACGACCAGCUUUGUCGUCUCCCGGCAUCUGGUCUCCCCUCUCUCGUCUCUCUCUCCUCUCUGUUCUCUCUCUCCUCUCUCUCUCUGGCUCCGCUUCUUUUCUUUUUUCUACUUCAGUUUUCUUCGGC